CGGUGAGUUCCAGAGAUGGACUUGGGCAGGGGGAACCCCCAAGCCAAAGCGCUCAGCCCUUGUUUCCCCCCAGCAGGAUUUGUCCUUCCCAAAGGUUGGGCGGAUGGAGGAGGAAGCUGUGAGGAACAGGAAAAAGCCGCAGGUCCCCCAGGCAGGCCCCGAGCUGAGGACGGAGAGCACGGAGGACAAAUCCCCCCGGCAGAGCCUGGUGGGAGAGGCCGUUUUGAAGGGCUCCCUGGCGCAGGAAGGCAGCGGGGAGGAAAAGGCCCGGAGAUGCCCCCAGAGGAGGGGCUGCAAAGCCAGCCCAGGGAGCUGGGAGGAGGAAAGAGCCGUCCUGUGCCGGGAAGGCGGCCGGAGCUUGAGCCGGAGCUCCGAGCUGGUGGUCCCUGAGCAGCCUCCCAGCAGGGAGAAGCCCUUCAGGUGCUUGGAAUGUGGGAAGAGCUUCAGAGAGAGCUCCACCCUCCUCAGCCACCAGCACAUCCACACUGGGGAACGGCCCUACACAUGUAGGCAAUGUGGGAAGAGCUUCCGUUACAGCUCCACUCUGCUCAAACACCAGCGCGUCCACGCUGGGGAGAGGCCCUACAGGUGCUUGGAAUGUGAGAAGAGCUUCAGGGAGAGCUCCGACCUCCUAAAACACCAGCACAUCCACACUGGGGAACGACCCUACACAUGUAGGGAAUGUGGGAAGAGCUUCAGGCAGAGCUCCAACCUGAUCCAACACCAGCGCAUCCACACUGGGAAACGGCCCUACAAGUGUGGGGAAUGUGGGAAGAGCUUCAGGCGCAGCUCCCACCUCUGCAGGCACCAGCUCAUCCACACUGGGGAACAGCCCUACAAGUGUGGGGAAUGUGGGAAGAGGUUUCAGACCAGCUCACAUCUCCUCCUGCAUGAGCGGAUACACACAGGGGAGAGGCCCUUCCGCUGCACCGACUGCGGGAAGGGCUUUAACCAGAACUCCCACCUCGUCAGGCACCGGCGCAUCCACACCGGGGAGAGGCCCUACAAGUGUGAGGAGUGUGGGAAGAGCUUCAGCGACAGCUCUACCUUGACCAGACACCAGCGGACCCACCAGUAA